AUGAGUAUCUAUUCUUACAUGCUUCUUUUACUGCUACUCACAGUCACAGUCCCUUCAUCAAAAAGCAAACCAGAUAGUAUCGACCAAGCAGAGCUACAGUCAGCCAUCCGCGACAUGAGAUCAAAAUACUACUACGGAUUCGUCAUGCUUUUAGAAAUGUUACUCAACUCCCCAAAUUAUACUGCUUUACAAGGCCCUGACGUGACGUUCCUCAUGCCAGAUGAUGAAGAACUUUCAGUACUUUCUAUAUCUCCGGACGGACUAACAGAUUUCAUGCUCAACCAUUCGAUCCCAAGAUGUAUGAACUAUGAAGAUUUUGCACACAUGCCUGCGGGAACCAUGAUUCCAACAAAUUUACCGAGAAACAUGCUCAGAAUUAUUACAGAUAGAAGUGCACAUGUGUUCGUCAAUCAGGCACGAAUUGUAGCUCCAGAUUUGUGCUCAGCUGGUACGAUCAAGUGUCACGGACUGAAUAGGAUUCUAUCCGACAUAAGAAGCAUUAAGAAGCCAAUAAGGAAGCUGCCAGUGCCUCAAGAAAAUACUACCAAAACUACAGGACCAGGUAGUCCUCCCAACAGAGUUGAUGAUGAUGAUGACGACCAAGAUUAA